AUGGCAGCCAAAUUAGAUUCAAAGGGAACUCAAGUACAAGGUAAAGUUAAAUCAAUGGAAAAUUCGGGGAAAAGAAAGGGACCGUGUCCUCUGUUGUGUAAUAUGAUACCAACUAAUGUACCGGGACCUGGAGCAGCACAGGCAGUACUUCAUCCGAAGAAAGACGUGUUCGUUCUUAAAGUAGCAAAAAUCGGGCCGAAUGGAGAUCGUCGUUGCAAAAUGGAACUAGAGUUGGUGACCCCAAAGGGGCCCGAAAAGAAGGCACCAGGGCGAAUCGAUACCAGAGAGACCCAAUGUGAUCCUGAACCUUCCCCGUGCUGUUGUACAAAGUCCAAGAAAAAGAAAAAAUAG